CGCCAUCAACAACAUCGACGUCAUCGUCGUCGAUCAAAUCAAAGUAAUCAAUCGUUGAAAGAUGAUGAAAAAUCGAAUGAAACAACAACCAAAUUACGAAGACAAAAAUUGUUACAAAGCAAACAAACAAGUCAAUCAUUUAGUUUGGAAAAUAUUUAUUUUGAAGGACUGUUAUCCGAAGGUAUUUGUGAUCCGGAACAAAAACGACAAUAUUCCCGUAAACGACGAAUAUUAUCAUUUGAAGAUUUACCUGCUAUAAAAAAAGAAUUAAGUGAAUCAUCACAAGAAGGUGAAUUCAGUGGUAGCGGUGGUUAUUCAAUGAUUGAAUCCGAACAAUAUCGUCAUUAUACGACCAAAUCAACAUCGAAAAAACCGACAAGGAAAACAAAAUUGAAAAAUUUACCAUCAACAUCUACAGCGAUGAUCGAUCAUCCAUCAAUCGAACGAUUAUCGAAAAAUGAAAUUAUAAACCUAUGGAAUUCAUCGGAAAAACAGCUGCUGAAUCGUUUAACAGUAACUAUACAGAAAAAUCAUAUUCUUGAAGAAAAAUUACAAUUAUUACAGCAAAUGUUAAAAAAACCACCUUGAUUUUACAUUUUAUAAAUGAAAUAUACGAAAUC